AUGAGAUUGGAGUUAGAACUUCGUAACGAGUUGACGAAGGUGUUGAUGGCGUAUGAGGACGACGACGAUGAUGAUGUCGACAACAAAACUGAAGACAGUGACAACGAUUUUAAUACUUUUCUUGACUUCAACGAUAUACCAGAACGCGAAGAGAUAACUGCUGAUUUAGUCAAAAGACUCGACGAACUUGAAAAACGUCUUUGGAGUGUUGAAGAACGAGCGUAUGUUGCUGUCACUGUCUUCGAUUAUCACGAGUGGCCAGUGCCAUAUCGGAAAAUGAUGGGAUUGCUGUUUACAUUCUGCGAUCUUCAAGUCGAGAAGGAGUGUUCCGCGAUCGAAUGCGACGAAUUGCUUGUUUGCAUCGUGGAAGCGGAAAAAAUAAUGAUGUUCUGGGAAAUCGAAGUCGACAAGCUUAUGCUUAUGGGGUAUUCUGGAGCGAAAUUGACAUUCCCAAUCCUUGAGGAGCGUGUUCGAAAAUCAGCGCUUUUCCGGGCUCGCGGACCAACUACCCAUAUUCAACUUGACGCGAUUGCGGAGGAAAUUUUGGAAAAAUGCGUUGUUGAUUUGGCGGACAUGCUCUCAAAACCAGCGAGAUCUACCGCCAGCUAUGCGCUGAUCUCCAAGAACAUCGAUUUGCGUCUUGUGCUUGAUGAGUUCCGUGAGGCAAUUCUCCGCCCUCGCAUUCGUUAA